ACGCGAAGUCACUUGGAACGAGACACUCGAGGCCUCAACUGACCGAAAGACGCAGAAACACAAUCAAGUCAACACUUUUAUAUUCCUGAGAAUAGUUUUUUUUGAGGGGAAAAAAAUGCUCUUGCUAAUCCUGCUCCAACUCCUGAUCAUCGCUGCCCUCACCACGCCCAGUGCUGCGACUGGCAACACCGCAGCGACUGGCAACGCCGCGGCGACUGGCAACGCCGCAGCGACUAGCAACGCCGCAGCGACUGGCAACGCCACAGCGACUGGCAACGCCGCAACCGCAGCUAACAAUGCAGUAACUGGCAAUGCAGCAACUGCCAAUGCAGGAACCACAGCUGGCAACGCAGCGACUGGCAACGCCGCAGCAACUGCCAACGCCGCAGCGACUAGCAACGCCGCAGCGACUGGCAACGCCGCAGCGACUGGCAACGCCGCAACCGCAGCUAACAAUGCAGUAACUGGCAAUGCAGCAACUGCCAAUGCAGGAACCACAGCUGGCAACGCAGCGACUGGCAACGCCGCAGCAACUGGCAACGCCGCAACGACAGCUGGCAACACCGCAGCGACUGGCAACGCUGCAACCACAGCAGGCAAUGCUGCGACUGGCAACGCAGCAACUGGAAACGCUGCAACCACAGCUAACAAUGCAGUAACUGGCAAUGGAGCAACUGGCAAUGCCGCAACCACAGCUGGCAACGCAGCGACUGGCAACGCCGCAGCGACUGGCAAUGCAGGAACCACAGCAGGCAAUGCUGCGACUGGCAACGCAGCAACUGGAAACGCUGCAACCACAGCUAACAAUGCAGCUACUGGCAAUGGAGCAACUGGCAACACCGCAACCACAGCAGGCAAUGCUGCGACUGGCAACGCCGCAGCAACUGGCAACGCCGCAACCACAGCUGGCAACGCCACAGCAACUGGCAACGCCGCAACCACAGAAGGCAAUGCUGCGACUGGCAACGCAGCAACUGGCAACACAGCGACUGGCAACGUCGCAACAACAGCAGCCAGUGCUGCAACUGGAAAUUCUGCAUCCACAGCUAACAAUGCAGCAACUGGCAAUGCAGCGACUGGCAACGCUGCAACCACAGCAGGCAAUGCUGCGACUGGCAACGCAGCAACUGGCAACGCAGCGACUGGCAACGUCGCAACAACAGCAGCCAAUGCUGCGACUGGCAACGCAGCAACUGGCAAUGCAGCGACUGGCAACGCCGCAACCACAGCAGCCAAUGCUGCGACUGGAAACGCUGCAUCCACAGCUAACACUGCAGCAACUGGCAACGCCGCAACCACAGCUGGCAACGCAGCGACUGGCAACGCUGCAGCGACUGGCAACGCCGCAACCACAGCUGGCAACGCAGCGACUGGCAACGCCGCAGCGACUGGCAACGUCGCAACCACAGCUGGCAACGCAGCAGCGACUGGCAACGCCGCAGCGACUGGCAACGCCGCAACCACAGCAGGCAAUGCUGCGACUGGCAACGCAGCAACUGGAAACUCUGCACCCACAACUAACAAUGCAGCAACUGGCAACGCCGCAACAACAGCUGGCAAUGCUGCGACUGGCAACGCAGCGACUGGCAACGCUGCAACCACAGCAGGCAAUGCAGCAACUGUCAAUGGAGCAACUGGCAAUGCCGCAACCACAGCUGGCAACGCAGCGACUGGCAAUGCAGGAACCACAGCAGGCAAUGCUGCGACUGGCAACGCAGGAACUGGAAACGCUGCAACCACAGCUAACAAUGCAGGUACUGGCAAUGGAGCAACUGGCAACACCGCAACCACAGCAGGCAAUGCUGCGACUGGCAACGCCGCAGCAACUGGCAACGCCGCAACCACAGCUGGCAACGCCGCAGCAACUGGCAACGCCGCAACCACAGCAGGGAAUGCUGCGACUGGCAACGCAGCAACUGGCAACGCAGCGACUGGCAACGCCGCAACCACAGCAGCCAAUGCUGCGACUGGAAACGCUGCAUCCACAGCUAACAAUGCAGCAACUGGCAAUGCAGCAACUGGCAAUGCAGCGACUGGCAACGCUGCAACCACAGCAGCCAAUGCUGCGACUGGCAACGCAGCAACUGGCAACGCAGCGACUGGCAACGCCGCAACCACAGCAGCCAAUGCUGCGACUGGAAACGCUGCAUCCACAGCUAACACUGCAGCAACUGGCAACGCCGCAACCACAGCUGGCAACGCAGCGACUGGCAACGCCGCAGCGACUGGCAACGCCGCAACCACAGGUGGCAACGCAGCAACUGGCAACGCCGCAACCACAGCAGGCAAUGCUGCGACUGGCAACGCCGCAGCAACUGGCAACGCCGCAACCACAGCUGGCAACGCCGCAGCAACUGGCAACGCCGCAAACACAGCAGGCAAUGCUGCGACUGGCAACGCAGCAACUGGAAACUCUGCACCCACAACUAACAAUGCAGCAACUGGCAACGCCGCAACCACAACUGGCAAUGCUGCGACUGGCAACGCCGCAGCGACUGGCAACGCCGCAGCGACUGGCAACGCUGCAACUACAGCAGCCAAUGCUGCGACUGGUAACGCCGCAACCACAGCAGGCAAUGCUGCGACUGGCAACGCAGCAACUGGCAACGCAGCGACUGGCAACGCUGCAACCACAGCUAACAAUGCAGCAACUGGCAAUGCAGCAAUUGGCAACGCAGCGACUGGCAACGCCGCAGCGACUGGCAACGCCGCAACCACAGCUGGCAACGGAGCAGCGACUGGCAACGCCGCAGCGACUGGCAACACCGUAGCGACUGGCAACGUCGCAACCACAGCUGGCAACUCUGCAACUGUUAGCCCCAUUACUGCAAACACUGCCAUCACAGGUGGCACGACCAGCAACACUGGAGCAACGAUGACAGCCACCCACGUGGGUAGCAUCCUCACAUGUCACCUCGCCAUGGCACUCCUUAAACUCUACACAAUAUAAAUCCGCUGUUAGUUGAAUGUAAAAUGUCCCGAAACAGGUGUUGACAGGUUGAAACAAAGAUCUGGAUGAUACUGUGUGCGUUAAGUUGUUAUUUAAAAGGCAAAUUAUUUUGACGCUCUAUUAUUUAACAUGUCAAUAAAGCUAAUGUGUGUUUAAGUAUUUUUAUUUAUUUUGUUUCUGCUGCCGUUCGUAACUGGAUGUGUGAUCAUGAGAGUAUGGAAAGGCAAAUGUUGUACAGUUGAUGUAAUUUAUUUAAUUGGCAUUCAUCAAGCAACAUGAAUAAUAAACUUAUUUAAGUGUG